AUGACCUUCAAGGUCGAACAAACCCUGACUGUUGUUGGAGUCAUCAAAUCUGAUCCCAAAAGGUUUGUUGUGGAUAUUGGUGAGAGCGAGGACAGAAUUGCAUUUCAUUUCAACCCUUGUUUUGAUGACAACAGACACAUAAAUAUAAUUGUCUGCAACUCUUUUGAGGGAGGCAAUUGGCAUCAGGAGCAAUAUGAGAAAAGCUUUCCUUUCAGCCCGGGAAAGGAAUUCAAGAUCUCCAUUCAGUUCACUUGCUCAGAGUUUGUGGUGACUUUAUCAAAUGGCUCAACGUUCUGUUUCCCCAAUCGCAUGGGUGCAGAGAAAUACUCUGUCAUGGGCUUUCAUGGGGAUGCUGUCAUCAGAAGCAUUGAGAUCAAGUAA